AUGUAUGCUUGCUGCUCUGCAGUAGCUUUGGAACAGGACCUCAACAAAAAAAUGCAUAUCUGGAUGCUGCAGACGAUCGCAUUUGCUUUAACAUCGCUAGUUCUUUCGUGGGCAGAAAGCAUCGAGUAUUAUGGGGAAAUCUGUGAUAACGCAUGUCCUUGUGAGGAGAAGGACAGCAUCCUAACAGUGAGCUGUGAAAACAGAGGAAUCAUCAGCCUUUUUGAGAUCAGUCCACCAAGGUUCCCCGUCUACCAUCUCUUGUUGUCUGGGAACCUUUUGAACAGGCUGUACCCGAACCAGUUUGUCAAUUAUACAGGAGCUUCAAUUUUGCAUCUGGGGAGCAAUGACAUACAAGACAUCGAAACGGGGGCCUUUCAUGGUCUGAGAGGUUUAAGGAGGCUGCACCUGAACAAUAACAAGCUGGAACUUUUACGAGAUGACACUUUCCUUGGGCUAGAGAGUUUGGAAUACCUACAGGUUGAUUAUAAUUAUAUUAGCAUCAUUGAACCCAAUGCCUUCAGCAAGCUGCAUUUGCUGCAGGUGCUAAUUCUCAAUGAUAACCUCCUCUCCAGUCUGCCCAACAACCUUUUCCGUUUUGUGCCCUUAACUCACCUGGACCUGAGGGGUAACCGGCUGAAGCUGUUGCCCUAUGUGGGCCUUUUGCAGCACAUGGAUAAAGUAGUGGAGCUGCAGUUGGAGGAAAACCCCUGGAAUUGCUCCUGUGAGUUGAUUGCUCUGAAGGAUUGGCUGGACAGUAUCUCCUACUCUGCUCUGGUGGGAGAUGUGGUUUGUGAGACCCCUUUCCGCUUACAUGGUCGAGACUUGGAUGAAGUCUCCAAGCAGGAGCUUUGCCCCAGAAGGCUCAUCUCGGAUUACGAAAUGAGACCACAGACACCACUGAGCACCACAGGGUAUUUCCACACUACCCCGGCUUCAGUCAACUCCGUGGCCACUUCUUCUUCAGCUGUUUACAAAUCCCCCUUGAAGCCCCCCAAAGGCACCCGCCAGCCCAACAAGACGAGGGUGCGCCCCACCUCCCGCCUGCCCUCGAAAGACCUGGGAUACAGCAACUACGGCCCCAGCAUUGCCUACCAGACCAAAUCCCCGGUGCCUUUGGAGUGCCCCACUGCCUGCACUUGCAACUUGCAGAUUUCUGACCUGGGCCUCAAUGUCAACUGUCAGGAGAGGAAGAUUGAGAGCAUUUCUGAACUGCAGCCUAAACCCUAUAAUCCUAAGAAGAUGUAUCUGACAGAAAACUACAUUGCUCUGGUACGCAGGGCAGAUUUUGUGGAUGCUACUGGGCUGGAUUUGCUGCACCUGGGCAAUAAUCGGAUCUCGGUCAUUCAGGACCGGGCUUUUGGGGAUUUAACUAAUUUGCGAAGGCUGUACCUGAAUGGGAACCGUAUCGAGCAGCUGAGCCCAGAGCUGUUUUAUGGGCUGCAAAGCCUGCAGUACCUCUUCCUGCAGUACAACGUCAUCCGGGAGAUAGAGGCGGGCACCUUUGAACCUGUCCCCAACCUUCAGCUCUUGUUUUUGAACAACAAUCUGCUGAGGUCUUUGCCGGGGAACAUAUUUUCUGGUCUGUCUCUCUACAGGCUGAGCCUGCGGAGCAACCACUUCUCCUACCUGCCAGUGAGCGGAGUGCUGGACCAGCUGAAAUCCCUGCUGCAGAUCGACCUGCACGAGAACCCCUGGGACUGCACGUGCGACGUGGUGGGCAUGAAGCUGUGGCUGGAGCAGCUCAACACCGGUGUCCUGGUGGACCAGGUCAUCUGCGAGUCCCCUAAGAAGUUUGCCCAGAGCGACAUGCGGGCCGUCCGGGCGGAGCUGCUGUGCCCCGACUACUCGGACAUCGUGGUCUCCACGCCCAGAUGGGGUCCGAAGUCUGCGGAUCGCUUUAAAGUGUUGCACUACAUGGAGGGCUUUUUUCCCAAAGCUGAUCUACAUUUCAGAGUACCUAUCAGUAUAAUAAUACUAACAUUAUUGAUUGUAUUUAUAAUGGAUAAUAUUUUUUCAUCCUUACCCUUACCUCCUGCUCUGUGUGUUGAUGUAAGGCCUCACAAAUGA